CUGAAGACAAAUACUCUUCACCUAGCUACCACGAUCUCCAAAUGUAAGUUGUAGGCUCCUCGAGGCUCGCUUUAUGUAUUCGGAUUCAGUUUAAUAUGAAAAAGAAUUAUUUGCAUUGCUACAUUGCGGUCUUGAUGGCGGCGCUUUGACGCAAAAUGUCGCUGAGUAGCUGAAAAAUCGUCCUAGUGAAAUCCAGGAUGACCAAAAUGUUUAUACAGUUUGAACAGUGCACCGGGCUUCUAUCAUACCUAAUGCUACUUUUCUUUACUUUGUGCAUCAACAUCACGUAGACUUGAACUCUCAACAAAAUAAACCUGACAACUUUGUUUUCCAAAAAUUAAUCGUGACCACGGUGCCAAGAAGCAACGCUAUAACAUUUCUCAUCCUUAACCUUAACCUUAGCGCGCAUCUUUACAUUCUGGCGCUUAGUAGAAGUACAAAGAUCCUCAUCCUUCUUUAUUUCCUUUUCCUCCGUACUAACCAGCAUUAUUUUGGUCGAAGGAGGUCCUGCACCUGUUGAAUUUUAACCUGUAGAUAUUGUGGCAAGUAGAGGAACUUAACACCACUACAGCCAGCUACGGCAACAACGAUAAACCGCACACCACUACAACGCCAGAUUCGUUUAUUUGAGCCAAGACCUGGCAGGCUACCACAUCGGUUUAUUUUUAUUUAUCGCAGUUCGUAUAAUUGUCUUGAAGAUGACCAGAAAGAACUACACUCUAAGCUGCUGGUCGCCAGGGCUGGUGGCCCGCACUAUGUUCGUCUUCACGAUCGAAGUUUUGAGUGUCCUAAGCGUUCUAUCUUCGCGUGCGGCGCCGGCCCUCUCGAGUGCUGGAGCGGCGUCGAAGUCGAGCCAUGUUGAGGUGCCGCAGAUAAAGAACGUGUACUUCUACAAAACGAAGCUGGAAGAAUACGAGGAGGGCGCGCAGCUAAUCGAAAAGCUCAAGACUCUCGACAUGGCGCUCCAUCUUUCGCCGUUUCGGUACCGCACCGGCAUUCAGCAGAAAAAAGACGGUCGUGCAAAGUCGCAGAACGAAAAGUGGUACGCUUCCCGCGCAAAUGGUUGCUAUCGUUACAUCUGGAAAGCGCAAACCGUUACAGUGCUGCCCGCUGACGCUGCGGAAGGUGGAGGUACUACGCCAACCAGUGUCGUGGUCACGCUGUGGUUUCUUGUGGAGCUCUUGUUGGAUGGGCACCACUACGACCACAUCACCGGCAGCGCGGAAAGGCGCUGGAAACUGGCGCUACCCCAGGCACUUACGGAAGUCCUUGAAAUGCAACAGCAGGAGCCCCAGUCGCUGAAGGGUCUUGCGCUUGCAAUUCGCGAAGUCAGUGGGUUUACUCUGUUUGACGGGCAGGAGCAGGUGGCGCGCCAGGUAGCACCAGAGCAACCGACAAGCAGUGCUGGCAAGCACCGCGAAGACCAGAAGCACCGAAGCAAACAAGGUGAACAAGCGAUGCUCUCGCGGUCGUGGCACCGCCAGAAUCCGGUCAUCCAGGAAAAUGAGGUCCAGAUUCUCAGCCGGCACUUGGCUAUUGAGGCGGACCGUGCGUUUCAAGAAGCUGCUAUGGGACCAGAGGCAACAGGGGCGGGCUUGGGCGCCGUGUCGCAAAGCGACAUACCUUUACGCGACCGCAUCACCUUCAUCAGUGGCCCCCCUGGAAGCGGCAAGAGUGUGCAGCUGCUUGCGCUCUUGUUGAAAAUCCAGGCAGAAGUACCGAAGGCCGUGGGCGAGGGCGGGGUGGUGCUGCAAUAUCACACUCAGAGCGAGAGGCUCCGGAACGACGUCACGAAGCGGCUGCGGCAGCACUACGCUGUAGCAGCCGACGAACCUGCCUCGUCGGGCGGCUCGUCUGACAAUGAGCAGAAGGUAGACAGAACAACAUCGAGAGAAGCCAUGCUACCCCAAGCUACCGGAAUCUCAGUACAAGCCGGGCCGCUGAAAUUGUCGGAGUUAUCAACGGAGCAGAAGAAGCAACUACUUGCGGCGGUGGAGCAACAGCCUCUCCACGGACGCUACUUGGGCGCGGAGGAAUACAGGAAAAAUUGGGGGAGCGAGGGCCUCCUGGAUUUGUAUCAGAUGGCCGCCGCCAUCUGUUCUGAUCUCGACCUCUUCAUCGCGCAAGGCGGGCUCCGCAAUCAGAAAGAGUGCAGAGAGCGCAUCAAGACUCGCUUCUCUCGGAAGAUUAACGACAUGGCUGCGCAUCUCGGUGGCGACUUCGCCUCGCAUGUGGCAGGCGCAUUUCUUUCUUGGGCCGCAGACUCUGCACAAUUGAUAGCGGACACACCAGGUCCCUUUACAAAAUGGGAGAAUGACUACGAAAAUGAGUUCGCGUCGAAGCUCAGAUUCAUUGGUGGCUCCAAAAAAGCUGGAAAAAUCAGCCGGGGUUACCUGGCGGUGGACGAAGCGCAGAACCUGUCGCCGAUGGCCCUGGCGUUCUACCUAAAGCUGGCCAAGAAAAGCCCCAGAAUCCACCUCGUUUUCGCGUUCGACAGGAAUCAGCAGCUUCUGGGCGGUUUGAACGACAAGCGCCGGUUCGUGAGGGGGCUGGUGGAUGCCGCAGAGGAUCCCGCUGCGAGAGGCGGCGCGCCGCAAAUUCGGGAAACAGCGCUUCCGGAAAUCUGGCGCUCACCGCCACGCCUCGUGCCGGUUCUUCAGCGAAUUGCCAACCUGCGCGAGGAAGCUUUGACGCGUUCCGGCGGUGCGGGCCAAAGCAGAAAGGAGGAGCUUCGUAGUGCGUACAAAGAGCGCGAACAAGCCGAGGAUGGGGGCAGUGCGGACGGCGAAGGCGCUGUGGUGGUGGCGCUCAAGUUGAACAAGGGGACCUCCAGUUUUGCCGAAAUCAGAAACCAGUUUGAAGAUGCCGCGGUCGUGAAGCCGGCCGACAGUGGCGGCAUCUGGAUCGCGCACCGCCGCGGAAGGGGCACACUGGCGCGGACUAUUCGGCAGAACAAGAGGAGAACCACGACGCGCCAGAAAACGGAGAUUGUGAAAAGCAACAGGGGGCGGCCGGUAAGAAAAGCAGCAAAGAGGCGGAAGACGCCGGCCUUGCCGACAAGCAACAGCAAGAACGCCCUGCUGCGUUUUGUUAGCAGCGCGCCCCCGCAGGCCGGCUCCAGCAGUAUUGAGGUUGACACACUCGACAGUAUGCCCUGGGUUUAUCUCGAUGAAGACAGGGCGAAAGCGUGGGACAGCGAUGCGACCAGCCUCUCGGCCCUGCAGGCACAAGGCCAAGAGUGGCCCGUCGUCGUUGUCGCGGACCCACAUGAAUUCCUGAGUGGUCGUGGUGCCGACCCGGUCGCGGUGCGCCGGCGUGUGGACGGUCUCGCCAAGCUUUUUGUCGCAAUUUCACGGGCGACAGCGCGUUCUCAUAUUGACGAAAGACGCGGACCGCCUGCGGAAAGCUCUCUCCGUGGGGCCGCACUUCGCGGUAGCGACCGGGGCUGCGCAGCUCAGAGAGAUUUUGAAGAAGGCCCGGCGCAGCGCCCGCACUUGGGUAAGUUCCUUCGCCGAGUAUUUGGCCAACGAGCAAACGCAGGAGCAGGCAAAAGCCAGCUUUGUGAAGCACCUAUUCGAAGGCGAAGGUGGCCGCGCAAAGGAGCGCCCCGCGCAUUGGGACAGGAAGUUCCGCGCGCUUGGCGACAGGUCUCUUGA